AAUCCUUAAGCACGUUCACUUCAAUUCAUUUCGACCUGCUUUGUAGAUCGAUUUGUAGAACGUGCUGAAACAUGACUGUUUCUUAUACUGCAGAGGUAGCUACCUGCCGCCGUUUCGGCUGCUUCUGGAAGCUAUUGGUCAGAUGGCGUGCAAGCAUUUACAAAAUAAUUUGGGCUGAUUUGUUGGCCUUCUUGUUCGCUUUCUAUGCCAUGGCCUUCAUGUAUCGCUACUUGCUCGGGGAUGAGCACAAACGCACUUUUGAAAACAUUGUGGACUAUUGUCGCAGCUAUGGAGCUCUAAUACCUCUGUCCUUUGUGCUCGGUUUCUAUGUGGCCAUUAUUGUGGAACGUUGGUGGAGUCAGUACAUCACGGUGCCCUGGCCGGAUCCAUUGGCUGUCUAUGUGAGUGCCCUGGUGCGUGGUCAGGAUGAGCAUGGACGACUAAUGCGUCGCACCAUAAUGCGCUAUGUUUGCCUCUCUUUGACCAUGGUGCUGACUAUGAUAUCGCCGGGAAUCAAGCGUAGGUUUCCCACCUAUGAUUACUUUGUGGAAACGGGCCUGCUCAACAAGAACGAGGCAUUAAUUAUAACAAAAAUGGACGAUAAGUUUCCAAAGCAUUCCAAGUACUGGAUGCCGCUCAUGUGGGCUAGCAGCAUUAUGACGCGUGCCCGUAAGGAGGGGCGCAUCUGGGACGAUUUCUCGCUCAAGUCCAUGAUCGAUGAGCUAAACAAGUUCCGGGCGGGCUGCAACAUGCUCACACAUUACGAUAUGAUCAGUGUGCCACUCGUUUACACCCAGGUGGUCACACUGGCGGUCUAUACAUAUUUUCUGGCUGCCAUUUUCGGUCAUCAGUACAUCGAAUUAAAUGGAAAGCGGUACAUCGAGUCUAACGAAAAGAACAUUGUCAACUAUUAUUUUCCAGUUUUUAGUACACUCGAAUUCUUCUUUUUCGUCGGCUGGCUUAAGGUUGCCGAGACACUUAUUUGUCCCUUCGGCGAUGAUGAUGAUGACUUUGAGCUAAACUGGGUAAUCGAUCGCAAUCUGCAGGUUAGCUAUUUAAUUGUGGACGAGAUGCACAACGAUCAUCCGACCUUGGUCCGAGAUCAAUACUGGGACGAAGUCUUUCCCAAUGAGCUUCCAUACGCAGACGAGUCGCAGCGUCAUGCACCGCCUGAAGCAUCCACCGCCAAGCUGGACCUGUCCAAAAUUACAUCCUCACAAAUACCCAAAUAUACACCGACUACUACCAGCGAGCGCGAUUUCACUGAUUUCGAUGGCGAGGAUGAAAUCACCGAGCUGCGUAUCAAGUUUGCGUCACGUCGCUUCAAUAUUCAUCGCAGCUCUUCGUCCGUUUCCUUUGUCGAUUUUAGUCCAUUGGAACUCAUGGAUGACGACCAGGAUGCCCAGGACGGCCAGGACGAGGGCGACGAGGAGGAGCUUUUGGAUGACUUGCACGAUGAGCCGUCAACUCGUGAGAGCAGCAAAGAUGAUUUUGACCGCCUGCGCGAAGAGCGGGAACGCGAACGUCACGCCAGGCAAUUGCAGCAUGCAGCCAUGACCUUUGAUCUGCUAAAGGGCGAACUGCAUAACCUGUCAGAAUCAGGAAAUCAAUCAGAAGCACUCUCGGCGAUACAAUCACCUAGAAGUAAUGUGUCCAUUCCCUCACAGAAGGAUAAGACAAUGCAAACUGAUAAAAGUUUUGUUGCCAAGAAAAGCAAAGAAUAAUCGCAUUGUGUUUCGGGCCGAGAAACUAUAGUGCUCCAUCAAUAUCAAUAUAGUUUUUUGUCAAUAUAAUAAAAAC